AAGAAAUCAUAACAUCUCAUAACGUCAUCACUGAAUGGAGUAACAGGUGCUUUAAGUUUAACAGAAACAGCAAAGCUUGUGCUCUAAUAGAAAUGUUGGAGACAAUGGUCAUAGAGAAUGAAUGGAGUUACCUUCAGUGGGAGGAAUAUGAGGCUCCAACUGCAAGGCAACAGUAUGAACAAACAACAGCACAGAAAGAGUCUGAAAAAACAGAGAAGUGUCAGAAAACCCCUUCACUAAACAAUGAAGAGAAAUCCAUGAAAUCAUGGUCUGAGAGGCUGAACCUGGUUGUGUGUGGUAGUGAAGGAUCAGUGAAGUCCUCCAUAUCAGAUCUGAUUAUGGGUCAGAGAGAGUUCAGUGCAGAAUCCAGUUCAGUGUGUGUGAGGAGAGAGUCAGAAGUAUGUGGACGUCUGAUCUCCCUGGUGGAGCUUCCAGCUCUCUACAGCUCUCAGCUCUCAGAGGAGGAAGUGAUGCGGGAGACUCUCCGCUGUGUCUCUCUCUGUGAUCCUGGAGUUCAUGCUUUUCUCCUCGUCCUCCCUGAGGGACGUCUCACUGAUGAAGAUAAAGGAGAACUGGAGAAGAUCCAGAUGAUCUUUGGAACAAAAUUCAGAAAGCACACUAUAGUCCUGAUCACUCAGUCCUCUCAGAACAAACCACUAGACCAGGACAGUGAGAGUUUGGUCAAAACCUACGGACAAACAUAUCAUUCAAUCAGCUCCAACACAGAAGCAGAAGAGGUGAUUCAGAGUGUCAGAAAUCUACUGAAAGAAAACAGAGGAAGUCUGUUCACAGCGGUCAUGUAUGCAGCUGCACAGAUAGAAGCACAUCUCAAAUACAAGAGAAAAAAUAAAGAUGUGAAACAAGAAAUCAGCGAACUCAAACUGAGCAGCAGCAAUCAAAUACAGGAUAGACGACAGAAACCAGAUGAACUCAGGAUUGUGCUGCUUGGGAAGACAGGUGUUGGCAAGAGUGCUACAGCAAAUACCAUCUCAGGAACAAAACUUUUUAAAGAAGAUUUUGCUUCUGAUUCAGUUACUAUCGUGUGUCAGAAAGAAUCAACUAACGUUGCUCAGAGACGGAUUAAUGUGAUCGACACCCGAGGAUUAUUUGAUACAUAUAUUUCUAAUGACGAGAUCAAGAAGGAAAUUGGUAAGUGUAUUUUCACCAUGGCAGCACCAGGUCCACACGUCUUUCUGCUGGUUCUUUCACUGGCCCAGCGCUUCACACCAGAGGAGAAAGAAGCAGUGAAGUUAAUCCAAGAUCUGUUUGGUGAAGAAUCCAGAAGAUACACCAUGGUGCUCUUCACCAGAGGAGAUGAACUGCAGAACAAGAACAUCGAAGAGUUCAUUCAAACUUCUAACCCAUACCUAAAAUUUCUCAAAGAAAAAUGUGGAAACAGAUUCCAUGUAUUCAACAACAAGGAAACCAGAGACCGAACGCAGGUCACUGCUCUACUGAAGAAGAUUGACUGCAUGGUGACAGCGAAUGGAGGGAGCUGCUACGUUAAUGAGAUGUUCCAGAAGGUGGAGAAAGAUCUACAAGUAGAACAGGAGAGAAUCCUGAAGGACAGAGAGGAGAAGACAGAGAGAGAGAAAAAAGAACUAAGAGCCAAACAUGAAGCUGAAAUGGAGAAACUAAAGAAGAAACAAGAUGAAGAGAGGAAAAUAAGAGAGAGGGAGGUUAAAGAAAGAGAAGAGCAGAUCAAAAGAGAGUCUGCUGAGAGAGAAUGUAUAGAAAAAGAAAAUUACAAGAAAAGAGAAGAUGCUGAAAAAAGGAUGAAGGAGCAAAUAGAACACAUUAAAAGUGAAAGAGAGGAAAACAUAAAACAGUGGGAGAAACAAAGAGAGGAAGAUCAGAGACAACGAGAUCAGGAGGAAGAGGACAGAAGAAAAAAAGAAGAAGAAGAAUGGAGGAAGAAACAGCAAGAAGAGAAAGAGGAAUUUGAGAAAGAGAAAGAGGAGAUGAUACAGAAAGAAAGAGCUAAUCAGCAGAAGCUACAGAACGAGUAUGAACAGAAGGCAGCAGAGGAGGAAAAGAGAAGCACAGCUCUAGAAGAGAAAAUAAAACACUCAGAAGAAAAUAAGAAGGAGGAGCUACAGGAGCUGCAGACAGCCCAGCGAAGAGAUUGGGAGAGAAUGAAGCAGGAGGAGGAGGAGAGGAGAGAAAAACAGGAGAAACGGUGGAGAAAAGAACUAGAGUCUAAAGAAGAACUGUGGGAGUUUCAGCAAAACCACAAACAACAGCUAUAUGAACAGGAGAGACGAGUAGAGAGUGUAAGAAGAGCUGUAGAAAAGAAAGAGAGGAAACAGAGAGAGGAAGAGGAAAAGAGAAGGAUAGAAAAUAAAGCAAAUGAAAAGACUCAGCAAAUGCUUAUAAAAAUGGUUCUUCAGGAAGAAACCUACCUGAAGAAAAGAGAGGAAGAAUUUCAAAUAGAACUAGAAAACAAACUAAAAAUACAGAGAGAACUCUAUCAUACAUUAAUAGGCGAAGGGGCAAUAAAUCAUAUAAUGGAGGAAGAGAUUAAGCCGGCUUACGUUACAGAGAAGGAUGAGGAAGAGGAGGAGACACUGAUUCAGGCAGCAAGAAAGGAAACUAAUGAAAAAUUCAAAGGGGCAGAAGCAGAGGGACACAAGGAGGGUUACAGAGAAGGAGAAAAGGAGGGACGUGAUAAAGGGUUUAGGAAAGGAGAGAAGGAGGGACAUGAUAAAGGUUUUAUGGAAGUAAAGAAGGAAGAAUAUGAUGAAGGGUUUAUGGAAGGAAAUAAGGAAGGAUAUUAUAAAGGGUUUAAGGAAGGAGAGAAGGAAGGAUAUGAUAAAGGGUUUAAGGAAGGAGAGAAGGAGGGACAUGAUAAAGGUUUUAUGGAAGGAAAGAAGGAAGGCUUUGAUAAAGGGUUUAGGGAAGGAGAGAAGGAAGGAUAUGAUAAAGGGUUUAUGGAAGGAAAGAAGGAAGGAUAUGAUAAAGGGUUUAUGGAAGGAAAGAAGGAAGGAUAUGAUAAAGGGUUUAGGGAAGGAGAGAAGGAGGGACGUGAUAAGGGGUUUAUGGAAGGAAAAAAGGAGGCACACGAUAAAAGUUUUAUGGAAGGAGAGAAGGAAGGAUAUGAUAAGGGGUUUAGGGAAGGAAAGAAGGAGGGACUUGAUAUAGGGUUUAGGGAAGGAGAGAAGAAGGGACAUGAUAAAGGUUUUAUGGAAGGAAAGAAGGAAGGAUAUGAUAUAGGGUUUAGGAAAGGAGAGAAGGAGGGACGUGAUAAAGGGUUUAAGGAAGGAGAGAAGGAGGGAUGUGAUAAAGGGUUCAAGGAAGGAGAGAAGGAGGGACGUGAAAAAGGAUUUAGGAAAGGAGAGAAGGAGGGACGUGAUAAAGGGUUCAAGGAUGGAGAGAAGGAGGGACGUGAAAAAGGGUUUAAGGAAGGAGAGAAGGAGGGACGUGAAAAAGGGUUUAGGAAAGGAGAGAAGGAGGGAUGUAAAAAGGGGUUUAAGAAAGGAGAGAAGGAGGGACAUGAUAAAGGGUUUAGGGAAGGAGAGAAGGAGGGACAUGAUAAAGGGUUCAGAAAAGGAGUGGAGGAGGGAGAAAAGAAGGGAGCUAAAGCAAUAGAAGCAAAGAGGACCAUAUUUGGUAGAAUUACUGAUGCAGCUGUUGCCUGGCUAUUGAAUCGUUUUUAUCAGAAGACCCAUGAUCUCACUGUGGUGUUGGUUGGGAACAGCUCUGCAGUUCACUUUGGAGAUGAGAACAUUCUGCUUGGGAAAGCCCCGGCAGGCAAUGCUGAUUUCUCACAGACUGUUCCAGAACCAAGGAAGAUUUCUGGACACAUUUUGAGUGUAAUCAACUUACUGGACCUGCAGGAAAAUGAACUUUACCUGGACUCAGUGGAUCAGACCAUUGACCGUUUGGCUAGGGAAAAUGAAAUCAAUUUCUUCAUCUUCGUACUACAACUGGGCCAGUUAACAGACAGUGAUAAGGGGGGAAUAGAAUGGCUUCAGAAAUUGUUUGGUGAAGAUGUUCUACCAUUCACGAUGAUCCUCUUCACUUACGAGAGAGAGGAGAACAGUGACACCAUCGUAGACGACCUGAAGAAAAGCCCUGUUCUAGAACAGCUGAUAAAGAAGUGCGGACACAGAUACCACACCUGCAGCAAGAGCAUGAACAACCGAUCAGAGAUAAGAACACUGCUAGAGAAGAUUAACUUGAUGGUCUGUGAGAGAAGCACAGCUUCAAGCCUGAGAAAAGCCCUGCAAGACAGGAAGAGACAGCAAAGUGCAUGUAACUCAAAUGCACAAGAAGAUAAGAUGGGCAGUACAAAAAAGCGUUCAAAAACGACCACACAAUGUUUUUCACUCUCAUCUAUGUGGAAAGACAUUAAAAAGCUCAACUGUUUCAGGAGUAACACAUUUUCUAGCCACGACUCAAAGACUGAUUCAGCAUCAUCAAGACAACAACAUUCUGAAGAAAAAAGCAGAGCCAUUUUGAGUCAAAAAGAUCAUCUAUUUGAGAGACUUCAACUAAAAGAAUUUGAAAAACAAAAGUUAAAACCUGCUGAUGUUCUACAAAUAACUGCACAGUCAGUGGUCUGCAAACAGUCUUGCUCAGAAGAAGAACUGGUUCAAACUUUCUUACAAAAGCUACUGUUGGUGGACUACAGAGCAAGAUGUAUUCCUAUUAAAGAAGCAGCCAGUGAGGUGGAUCGGGUGCAAUCGAGUGCAGUCAACAUGAGGGAAGAUGAAGCAUUUUCACAUUUCAUCAACAAAAAAAAAGAGACAACAAAAAAUGAUCUUGUUCACCCCAUGGAUGUUCAGAUGGCCGUGUUCCACUGCUCAGAUAAUUUCCUAAAGCAGCUGAUAGUGACUAAGCUUUCACAGUGUCAGUACGCUCUCCCUCUACUGGUGCCAGAUCCCUUCACAGGAGAGAUUGAGUUUCCACUGUGGGCGUUCCGCCAAAUCAAGAAGAGCUGGAAAAGCACAGACAUGUCUGGAAUGAUCAGCAACAAUAGUAUGCCAGUUUAUAAUGCAGAAAAUCCAAUGGUGGCAUUUUUCAGAAUUGGUUUGAUUUCUAGAUCCAAGUCUAAACUGAUAAAUGAUCUGAUCAAUGAAAAACACAACACAUUCUUCCACAGGGACUGUCAGGGCAGCAGCACACAUCGUCUACUGAUGGACGGAGUGGUGGAGAUUGCUUGGUACUGCCCAUCUGGGAAAAGUACAGAUCAUUUCACUGAUUGUGUGGCAUUCUGUAAUCUACACGGUGAUGCAGAAACUCUUGAGAAACAACUGGAGAUUCUGACUGAAAUGUCCUCAGUGAAUGUGGUUGUCCUAGGUGAUAACAUAACAAACAAUGCAAUACUACAGAAGCUGUUUAAAGGCCCAAAGCCACUAGUUUGCUUACUCUGUGAGGAUGACUCUUGUAUCAGUGGGUCAGGGAAUCUGAAAUUCAAACUUGGUCUGAAAGGCAGGAACCAGGCCGCUGUAUCUGAGGAGCUCCGAAAUACCAUCAAAGAGUGUUUAACAAACCAGCCCUCACCUUUCAGGCUUGAAGAUGUGAGACUAAAGAGUACGAUCACAACAGAUGAGAAUAAUCCUGAAUGCAAACAAGGGAAGGAAGCUGCUCUCCAGAUGAUCCGUUUACUGGAAGGAAUGGAUCUGUGUGAAAUUAAGAGGACUUACCUGCCUUGUCAGGGGAAACUGUGGCGUGAGUGGUGUAAGAAGAACAAAGAACAAUACCGACUUCAUGGCACAAAUUUAGAAAAGGAAAGCAGUGAAAAACACAAAGAAAUGGAUCAAAUCCGUGAACAGCAGUACAAACAGGGUCUCACAAACCUCACAGAACUGUUCACCCACACAAUGAAUUCUGGGUCGUCUGUCAAAAAUGACUAUUUUCAUAAAUGGGUGGAAAUCCUACUUGACAAGCUAACUGCAGAUGGUCUCUCAGCUCUCCAUAAUGAAUAUGAUGAAAAGUGGUCAAAGGUUUUAAGCUUGAAAAGGAAACAUGUGAAAUCAGAACAAAUGAAAGACGAACAAACAGAACUUGAAAUGAUAUCUGAAAAACUGCAGGCUAGUACCUUUGGUUUAGAGCACAUUCUCAGGGAGAUGGCCCAGCUGUAUGAAUCCUUUAUAUCUGUACAAACAGACAACAAAGGAUGUAAAGAUGAAGUAUUUUCCUCUCUUCCCAAACUUGCAGCAGAGCUUUUAACAACUGGGCAUCCACUGGAGCUGAUGGACGGUGAUGCUGCUCAUGUUCCUCUGGUCUGGGUUUCUGCAGUUCUAGAUGAACUUAGCAACAAACUGGGAGACCAGAGAGUCUUUGUGUUGUCAGUUCUGGGAAUUCAGAGCUCUGGGAAAUCCACCAUGCUCAACGCCAUGUUCGGACUCCAGUUUGCAGUCAGUGCUGGAAGAUGCACCAGAGGAGCCUUCAUGCAGCUGGUGAAAGUGUCUGAGGAGAUGAAGGGGGAACUGACAUUUGACUACAUUCUGGUUGUUGAUACUGAAGGUCUUCAAGCUCUUGAGUUGACUGGAAUAUGUACCAGACACCAUGAUAAUGAACUGGCAACAUUUGUAGUGGGGCUUGGAAACUUGACUUUGAUCAACAUCUUUGGAGAAAACCCAUCAGAGAUGCAGGACAUCCUUCAGAUUGUUGUUCAGGCCUUCAUGAGGAUGAAGAAGGUCAGACUGAAGCCAAGCUGUGUGUUUGUUCAUCAGAAUGUUACUGAUGUUGCAGCUGGAGAGAAAAUGAUGGAGGGAAGAAGACGACUGCAAGAAAAACUGGAUGAAAUGACCAAAUUAGCUGCCAAGGAGGAAGUGUGUAAUGCAGAUUGUUUCAAUGAUAUCAUUGCAUUUGAUGUAGAGAAGGAUGUGAAGUACUUUGCACAGCUCUGGGAGGGCAGCCCACCCAUGGCUCCACCAAAUCCAUGCUACAGUGAAAAUAUUCUAGACCUGAAAAAAAAUCUUCUUCAUCUUGGCUCAAAUUUUCACACCAUGACAGUGACUCAAAUCAAGGACCGGAUUACAGACCUGUGGACUGCUCUUCUGAAUGAAAGCUUCGUUUUCAGUUUCAAAAACACACAGGAGAUUUCAGAAUACAGAAAACUGGAGGAGGAGUAUGGAGGAUGGACCUGGAGCCUCAGGAGUGCCAUGUUGAAGAUUCAAGACAAACUGCACACUAGAAUUAUCAACAAACAACUGCACAGCGUUGAUUAUGAUCUCAUUGUUCAAGAAAUGGCACAACCUUUUGAAAAGGUGAAAAACUCAAUGAAGCACUUUUUUGAAAGUGAAAGACAAGAGAAAGACAUUAUAGAUCAGUGGAGGGGGAGGUUUCAAACGAAGAUAGAGCAUCUACAUGGUGAUCUUACAAACCAGACAAAAAUAGAGUUAGAUGGCAUAAUCCAGCAAAGAGAAGCAUGCACAACUGUGGAAAAACAAAAAUCACUGUAUGAAGCAAAACUCUUUGAGAAGAACAAAGAACUUGCUUUGUCCCUCAAAAACAAUGAUAUUGAUGAGGGAGAGAAGAAAAGGCAGUUUGAUUCAGUGUGGGAAAAAUGGGUCUCUGUGUUGACUGCCAACACUCAACCAAUGAAAGAAAUUGACAUUGUGCAAGACAUUCGACAAAUUCUGUCUGAAGUUUAUGAAGGGUCACUUGUAUGUAGCAAAAGAAACAUAGGAGAGUAUGUUGAAAUCAACAAGUUGGGGGAUUACACCAAGUAUGUAAAACUGAAGAAACAGGGCUGGUUUGAGGGAAAACCCACAUUACAUGCUGAAGACCAGAACUCAAUACGAAAUCUGAUUCUAACUGUCAUCAAGCAAACUAAAGACCUGGUUAAACUGAAAUCCAUUACACAGAACAGCUACAAUCCAGGUUACAUUCAAGAGAUUGCUAUGCUGGUCAAAACAGCUGUGACAGAACACAAGUCACCCAAAUAUGAUUUCACCAAAGAGUUCUCAUUGGAUCUCUCACUGCAUGUGUGUGAAAAUGCGAAAAGGUCAUUUCAGGAGCUGCACAAAAGAUUCAGUAAUGCCAAUGAUCCCAUGGUCUACUUGAAGAACAUGAAACCAGACUACUACAGUGUUUUUCAAAAUUUCUGCAAAAGUACAACAUCAGUGGCAGCAUUCGGUACACUACUUUGCAGAAAACUUGGAGAAUCCAUUAAGCAAAGUGUCUACAGCUGGGCAGCCAAUGAGCUGGCAGAACAAAUGAGGUCUGACCUCCCGGCAUUUAAUGGAAACAGGUCAAACCUGGAGAAACACAUUCUUAAAUCACUGGCAGAAGAGGAAGAUUUUGAGAGGUUCAAAACUUACAUUUUUAAUCCUCGGGAACACUUUGAAGUCUUUAUAACAGAUGUGGUAAAAAAUUACAUGAAAAAGGACAAUCCUAGAGCUCUUGCUGUGAUAAAGAAGAUUAUUGCACACAAGAAGCAGUGUGUAAUUAGUGCAGCAGAAACUGCAUCAAAAAUGGUAACAAAGAAAAAGGGAGAUGCAAAUAUGUGGUUGGAGAAAUUUUCAACCAGUCUCAAAGAUGAGCUUGAAUGUAAUACAGAUCACCUAAGUGGUAAUAACUGUGAGGACAUCACUGACUUUCAGCUGCUCACGGAAGUUGUGAAAAAAGAAAUUGACCUUGUCCUUGAUCUACCAAACAAUGAUUCUAAAAUUGUAUCUGCUUUUAAAAUGGAACAUUUUAGGAAGAGGCCUGAUGAGAUUCUGAUUGAUCAUUUCUGUCAGUGUUGCUGGGUUCAAUGCCCGUUCUGUAAAGCCAUCUGCACCAACACACUGGAGGGUCAUCCUGGAGAUCACAGCAUUCCGUUCCAUCGUAGCAUUGGAAUAAAUGGGUGUUUUUACAGAAGAACAGAGAAUCUUGCCACUGAUUUCUGCACAACCUGUGUGGCAAGUGAUCGUUCCUUUUACCCGUAUUCUGACUCUGAACAAAGUGUGCCAUGGAAAGAAUACAGAUCCGCUGGUCCUAAUUAUGCAAACUGGAGCAUCACCCCUGAUUUCUCUGAGCUGCCAUACUGGAAGUGGUUUGUGUGCAGAUUCCAAAAAGACCUAGAGAAACAUUACCACAAAAAAUAUCAAGGAAGUGGUGAAAUUCCUGAUGAAUGGAGGAAGUACACAAAGAAGGAUGCCAUUAAAAGUUUGUAUAAAUACAUUUAAAUAUCAUUACAUAUGAUAUGUACUGGACUGCAAACUCAACAGGUAUACAAUUAAAAGACAGAAAAUCAACCUUUUAUUAAUUCCUGGAAAUAACAAUAUCACUUGUUUGAAUGCUUUAAUUCAUUUAUAAUAAUCCAGAAUUCUAAAACAAUCAAAAGUCAGAUUAAAACUGUACUACAUAUAUCUCUGUGUAAAAUAAGAUGAUCUACAUUGAUCUACAAGUUAAUAAGCUAUUGAUAUGCAUCUCUAAUUUGUUUUUUGUAUUAUUUUUUUAUCUACAUUUUGGGCAUUGAUUCUGUAGUUUCUAUUACUGUCAUUCUUUUAUUCAUCUUUUAUCCAGCUUGUCCCUUUUCAGUUAUCAGAUUUGGAUAACAUUGUGAUUGCUAUGCAGACUAAAGGAAUACUUUUUGAAAUUGUUUUUGCUGUCUGAUUUCUAACGCUUGAUGUGAUAUUAAACAAUGAUCAAAAACA